UUAAUUCAAAUUGAAUACAUCAACACAACACAGAGGUGUGCGGGCCGAUCAGCCGGGUUUCUGUCGGGCGCGUUUCGGAGGGUGCAUGCAUGUUUUCCGUGGCGGGAGAUCGGGGGUCGUUCGGGAUGGAGGAGGAACUGAAGUGCCCUGUUUGUCGAUGCUUCUUCAACGUCCCCAUCAUCCUGCCGUGCCAACACAGCAUCUGCUUGUCGUGCGCGGCGAGCCAGGUGACUCAGACCUACGGGCUCAAGCCCACGGAGGAGGACGCGCUAAGCUACCGCCACUCCACCAUCUCCUCCCCGGGCUCGGACUACUCGUCCGCCUACGAUUACACCGAUCUCGACAAGUUCGACAAGCUGAGCCUGUACAGUGAGGCGGAUUCCGGGUACGGGGCGAGCCUGAGCGGCUACGCGGCGACCUGUCCCAGCUCGCCCGCCUUCUCCACAGUCAGCGCCAGCUCAUCCAUCUCCACCACCACCUCGUGCAUACGCUGCCCGCAGUGCCGCCGCACCACCUACCUGGACGACCUCGGCGUCCAGGGCUUCCCGCGGAACAAAGCGCUGCAGACGAUCGUCGAGAAGUAUGAAGAAACCAAGAAUAUCGUCAUCAAGUGCCAGCUCUGCGUCGGCCAAGCCCCGAACGAUGCCACCGUCAUGUGUGAGCAGUGCUCCGUCUACUACUGUGACAAGUGCCGAGAGAACUGUCACCCUCUCCGGGGUCCCCUGGCCAAGCACACCCUUGUGUCCCCUGCCCUGGGGAAAGCCGCCAUGAAGGCCCGUAACCAGACGUCUCAGGGUGUGUCCACUUGCAUCCGCCAUACCGACGAAAACAUCUCCAUGUUUUGCAUCAUGUGCAAGAUCCCGGUCUGCUACCAGUGCCUGGAGGAUGGCAAGCACCAGAACCACGAUGUCAAGGCACUGGGGGCGAUGUGCAAGAUGCAUAAGGCGGAGCUGUCCCACAACAUCAGCACCCUGUCUGACAAGGCCAGAGAGGGCAAGAACUUCCUGAGCAACCUGAGAGAGAUGCUGGACCAGGUCCAGGAGAACAGUGUGGACUUUGAAGCCAGUCUGGUGGCCCAGUGUGAUGCCAUCAUUGAGGCCAUUAACAGGAGGAAGGAGGAGCUGAUGGAGCAGAUCCAGCGGGAGAAGGAACACAAGCUGCGCAUGAUGAGAGAACAGAUCAAUGACCUGACCAACAAGCUGCGACAGACAACUGGGUUGCUGGAGUACGCACUGGAGAUCAUGAAGGAGGACGACGCUGCAGCGUUCCUUCAGGUUGCGAAUGGUCUGAUAAAGAGAGUGUGCAGUGCUGAGAUGCAGUGGCAGAAGGAAGUUCUCCUGGAGCCCCACGAACCUCCUGAGUUUGAACUGCAGCUCAACAGCCAGCCGCUCUUCAAGGCCAUCGAACAACUCAACUUUGUACACACUAAAGGCUCUGCACGUGUUGUCACAGUCCCCGGCCCUCCCAUCUUCCUCCACGAAGAAUGCACCGUACAGAACAACAGCAUCACGGUGUCGUGGCAGCCGUCCCCGCGGAGCUGGGUGGACGGCUAUGUGCUGGAGUUGGAUGAUGGGAACCAGGGGCCAUUCAGAGAGGUGUAUGUAGGCAGGGAGACCCUGUGCACCCUGGAUGGUCUACACUUUGACUGCACAUACAGAGUCCGUGUCAAAGCCUUUAACAAAGCUGGGGAGGGACCUUACAGUGACUCAGUACAGCUUCACACAGCUGAAGUGGCAUGGUUUGCGCUGGAUCCCAGCACUGCACAUCCCGACAUUGUGCUCAGUAACGACAACAUGACUGUAAGUUGUAACAGCUAUGAUGACCGUGUGGUUCUGGGCAAUGUCGGCUUCUCGAAAGGCAUCCACUACUGGGAAUGCACUAUAGACCGCUACGACAACCACCCUGACCCAGCUUUCGGUGUAGCCAGGAUUGACACAUUAAAAGAUACCAUGCUUGGGAAGGACGACAAGGCCUGGGCCAUGUACAUAGACAGCAACCGCAGUUGGUUCAUGCACAACAAUGCCCACUCCAACAGGACUGAAGGUGGCCUAGACAAGGGGUCCGUCAUCGGGGUGCUGCUGAACCUGGAGGAACACACGCUCAGCUUCUACGUCAACGACUGCAUGCAAGGCCCCAUCGCAUUCCGAGAUCUCCACGGCGUCUUCUUCCCUGCCAUCAGUCUGAACAGAAACGUACAAAUGACCGUGCACACCGGGCUGGAACUGCCAGACCACGACUCCAUAGACGGGGAAUAACUGCUGAAGCAUCGGUUGUCACUGCCAUGGACUUCUCUAAAACACAUUUAACACUUUCUAACAACUACUGUCUGCACUGGUUACUCAGGUUGAUCUAGUGUUCCAAGUUAACAACCAGUCUGGGGUUUUCGGCGUUAUCUUCUACAAUAAACAAGAUUUCUGUGUGCUUGCAUUUAGGAGAUAUUCAUGUGACCCAACAAAACAUUGGAUGAUCAAUUUAACGUUACCGGUAUUCAUCUUUUCAAGAAAAUGUGAGUACCUGAAAAGUGUUUAAGGAACUUUUAGUAUAUAAUCUCAGUUAUGAUGUGGUUCUUUAUCAAGCUGUCUUUGGAUGUUGCACUUCAGCAAGUACUGAGACAAAUUCUACACUAGUAGAAUUAAGUUUUAAUUUAAUACUUUGCACUACUGAUAUAGGUGUUUUGUUGAUGGUUAAGUUGUCUGUAAUUUUAAUUCUUUAAGAAAUAUGAGUUUUGUCAGGUAUGGUACCUAGAAUACAGUUUUGUCAGGUAUACCAGUUGUACCAAGUAUAUAGUUUUCUCAGUUAUGGUACCAGUCAUGUAUAAUGCAGCCAGUCAUGUACGAUGUAGGUUGCAUCUCCUAUCCUAUCACAAUGUUUGAUAUUGAAGGGAUUGUGUCCAUGGUGCUGAUUUGCCAUCAGUAACAAAUGGGAUUCCAUGUGUAACUUGAUAUACAUCCCCACCAGGUGGAGGUGACAUUUUAGGCUCAAGAGGAGAAGGUUGAUCAAUAAAAGAAAGAUCUACAGGUAAAAAGGCCAUGAAAUUGCAGAACCGUAAAAAAAGGAAGAUUGUGCCAAACCCACAAGCAAUUUUCUCUGAUGGACCACAUGCUCUACCAACACCUCCUCUGCAUACAAGUUUGCAGCCCUGCAAAAAUGUCAUGUUCACCAAAGUGUACUUGCCUGUGGGGAACAUCCAUUAUCAAAAAAGUGUUCAACGGUGCUAAUAUUAGAACCAGACAUUUGAUUGUGCCAUCAGCCACAAUGUGAACAUACCUAUUGCCAUACAUCUUCUACACACAACAACAAAAACAGCAGUAAACGCAGUGCAGCUAUGUAUGCAAUAUGAUGUAAUACACUUGGAAAGACAGCUUUUGUAAGGUCUGGUAACUAGAAAGUAGAUGCUACUGAAAUGUUGCGAAGUGUAAGGGUUCUUUAAGCACAUGUAGGGAAGUUAUAGUGAAUGUAAUAUGGAGAUUAAGAAAGAACAAUACGGAACUACGAUGUAGAUGUAUAAAACAUGUAAAUAUUGCAUGUAUACUGGGAUAGUAUGGAGCUAUUUAACUGUUGCAUAUGGGCGAGAGGCUGAACAGUGUGAAGCUGCACCCCUAGAACUGUUCACUUUGUCAGUGGCCUCCAGAGUGCCAAGAUAGGUGUUAGUGCUAUAUAAAGUAUGAUCUGAAGAGGAUUGUAUUUCUGUAAAUAGGUUGUAGGUAAAGAGUACUAACCAGAGUUUUAAGAGAAAGAUUGGUGUCUAGUAUUCAUUGGAGUUUAUGCUAUAUAUGAAGAUGACCACUUUUUGCUAGCACAGUACAAAUCCAUGCUGUCCAGGCCCCAAAUAGCAGACUGAUGAUUAGGGGGUCACUAGGAUGAAGUACAUGUAUGUGCCAGUCAAAUUCAAAUCUUGCAGUCUGGGUUCAAAUAAAUGACUAAAUAGAAAGACAGUGUUGUGAGACUGGUUUCUGAGGCUCAAAUUAAUCCAUCCCUGUUGGUCGCUUGGAAAGGAUUGAAAAUAAGGAAGGAGCACCUUAUCAAGAACAGUUUAUCUGAUACAUGUGUAACAAAAACAGAGGAGAUGUAUUAGAUAAGAAUAGCUAUGACUAUGUGAAAAAUGACAUACUGUAACUACACUUCGGUGAAUGUACCAUAGACAGAAACAGACAAUAUUGCAUUGUCCCUAAGUCCUAACUUUGUGUAAACAUUAUUUACUCCAGACUUAUAGAUGUUAUUUUGCCC